AUGGAUGACUUGAUUUCGCAGGAGGAGAUUUGUAGCAUAGAGCGAAAACUGAAAGAGGCUUAUCGGGAUGAGGAAGUAUAUUGGCAGCAGAAAAGUAGGAAGUUCUGGUUAUGGGAUGGCGACAAAAAUACUAAAUACUUUCAUGCUUCCUCGAAACAGUGGAGGAUAAGGAAUAGGAUUACUGGAUUAUAUGGACCCGAUGACAUCUGGACCGAAUCGGAUUCGGGUAUGGAGGAUACUGCAUCGCACUAUUUUGUGGAUCUCUUUAAACGGUCGGAUGUGCGGGGUGUCUCACAGAUGCUUCAGGAGGUUCCUUCUUUGAUCACAGACACUAUGAAUAGGAGUUUAACCAGGGAAAUCAAGGAAUCAGAGGUUCGCAAGGCUUUGUUUGCUAUGCAUCCCGAGAAGACACCAGGUCCUGAAGGGAUGAAGACAAUGUUUUUCCAGAGAUUCUGGUCCACUAUUAAAGGAGAUUUGGUAGCUUUGGUGAAGGAAUUUUUCCGUACUGACCGGUUUGAUCCUCGGUUAAACGAAACGAAUAUAUGUCUCAUUCCUAAGAAGGACAUGGCUCAAUGGAUGACGGAGUUUAGGCCAAUUAGCCUUUGUGAUGUGUGUUAUAAGAUUAUUUCUAAGGAAAUGUUUCAUGGCUUAAAUACCAAUCCACGAUGUAAAUCAGAGUUUUUGGCUCUCAAGACGGAUAUGAGCAAGGCAUAUGACCGUGUUGAGUGGGAUUUUUUGGAAACGAUAAUGGUCUUAAUUGCCAAUAUUAAGAAGGCUGAAAGAGAGCACAUGAUAUCGGGCAUCAAGAUAGCUCAGGAUUGCCCUACCAUCUCACAUUUGUUGUUUGCUGAUGAUAGCUUGUUCUUCUGUAAGGCUGAGGCUGCUGAAUGUAGUACGGUUAUGGAUAUUAUAGGAGAUUAUGGAAAAGUGUCGGGGCAGGAGGUAAAUUUGGAGAAAUCAUCCAUCAUGUUUGGCAAAAAAGUACCCCCUGAAGUAAGGACUCAGUUAAAAGCUGUAAUGAGUAUUUCCAACGAGGGUGGUGUGGGUUCGUAUUUGGGUAUUCCAGAAAAUCUCCAGGGUUCAAAAACUAAGGUUUUCCAAUACGUUAGUGACCGUUUGGAUGAUCGUGUGAAUGGUUGGUCUGCAAAGUAUUUAUCAAAGGGUGGGAAGGAAGUUAUGAUUAAAUCGGUAGCUCUGGCUCUCCCAACCCAUGUUAUGUCUUGCUACAUGUUGCCAACGGAGUUAACGUCUCACUUAACGAGUGCUAUCUCAAAAUUUUGGUAA